AUGGCCAAGACACAGUACCCGCUGCUAUACCUGAUUUUAAUCAUCUGUAUCUACGCAGUGGUUGCCGAUAAAGAAAUCAACGCUACAGCAAAGACAAUCGUGAUUACGAUCCUUAUAUUAUUUUUUCCGUCGGUCGAUAUAUAUCUGUAUUCGCGCCGAAGGAGAGGGAUCCCGGACGAUUUCAGAUAUAAUUCCAGUGAUGAAGAGGAUAUUGAGGAGGAGGAUGACGAAGACGAGGACGAACAGAUCGAAGAAUCUGAGCAGCCAGGCGCAAAUGAGAAAACACAGAGUCUACAAAACGGCGCGGAAGUGGCGAGCUGA